AUGGCUCUUGCUGCUGUGGAAACUUUGUCAGAUGAAGAGGCUCCUAGAAUCACCACUCCAGAUGAUGUUCCCCAAAAAGUUGCAAAGUUGGAAAGUGGCAAGGCUGAAAAGCCAAAGUCGAAACCGAAACCAAAGGCCAAAAGCAAGGGAGGAGGAAAGGGCAGCGAAAAAAAAGCCUCGAUGCCUGCUCUCAAACGGCCGGCCUCGGCUGCCUCGGCUGCAUCCGCCAUGAAGCGGCCAGCUGCUAGCCGGGACCCAGACCGAGUUUCCACUGGCAAGGGCCUGUAUAAGAAUGGUGUUUGGGGCAUCAAAUUGAACAAGAAGGAGAUCAUUCGGGUAAAGCCACAUCCUGAUAUCUCUGAAGAAGCUCUUGCCGAAAUCGCUGCCGCUUGGACUGUUUGGCUGGUUGCUGUGAAGGAUGAGCUUGUUCGCACGAAGGGGGAUGUCGAAGCAUCCAAAACUUUGUGUGAGACCAUGCGUCAAGCCGCCAUCGACAAGUCCCAGAACGCUUCCAAGGGUGCUGAGGUGCCUGCUGUUGAAGAAGAAGCCUACGAGGGCAAGGAGGUUCAUGGAGAAGGUGAAGAGGAAGAGAUCGAAGUAGAUGAUGACAUUGAGAUGAAGGACCUAUUUGGAUCGCCAGCUGAUGUGGACUGA